AUGCCCCGGACACGAACGAAAUUCAUCUGGCCUCCGCCGAACCUGGUGGGGGACCACAGCGCUGAACAGCAACAACAACAACAACAACAACAACAACCGCAGAAGAAACAGAAGCUCGAGUCGAGCGAACAGCUACCUAGCAAUCCACACACACGUACAAUGCGCUGGAAUAAUGAUAAUUCGCCGGCACCCAGCGACGCGCAAGAAAGCACGCAGUCGUCUCAGGCGGAAUGGAAUCCCAAGUCCAACGAUGCGCCGCCCUCGUUUGAAGCUGUCUUCAGAGCGCAUUUGCAGAUUCCGCUUGAGAAAGUUAUUAAGAAUUAUCAAAACUGGCGACGACAUGGCUCGGUUCACGACGACUAUUGUAUGAUGUGCCAUCGGCCCCGACCCGCAGGCCUCGUCCCUUGCUAUACAUGCCGGAGAUCGUUUCACGACGAGUGCAUGCCUCCGGGCUCGCUAUAUAAUGAUGUGAAGCAGUGGUAUUGCGCCGUCUGUGUCCAGCGCAACUGGCAUGUGCAUCCUCCGACCAUGACUCCUCCGGCGUCCCCUCCUCGCCUAUCUGCGCAGCUUCCCACGGAAUCGACACAUAACGUGUCUACUACGGAUAUAAAACCCGCGCAUGAGACGACUGCAGAGGACUCGCAGGCGCUGUCCAUUCUGGCUGAGAUUUCCAGAUCGAUGCAUCGCGAUGUUUCGCACUCGCAACCUCCAAGUCAUAACCAUAAUCAUAAUCAUAACAACAACAACGAAAAUACUGGAAAUACUCGCAAUUCAUAUAUAACAACCCCCAAACCGUCGGCGCGGCCAGGCCCCCUAGCCCAGCCGUCUCCAUCCACGCAGAGCUUCUCCAUGCUCGACUCGCACGCGCGCAAGUCUCGCUUUGCAACGCUCUCGUCCGAAGUCGACUCUGCCCUCUGGGUGCUCUACCGCGAGCUCGAGAGCGCGACAUCGCUUCGCCAGCGCAUCGCCGAGCUGGAAGCCGAGGUGGUCAAACUGCGUCAAGACGUCAGUAUCCGCGACAACCAAAUCAUCCUAUCGCAGCGAUCUACCCAGGCUAGCCCCGUAUCACAGGCAGAACUGGAGCAAUUGCGCACCAAGGCUGCUAAUUGGGACGCUUGUGGCCCGGAACUGGAGCAGCUGCGCGCAAAGAACGAUGCAUUGGAACAGAGCCUGGGAGACGCGCGUAUCGAGUGUGCGUCCAAAGACGAGGCUUUGAAUGAAUGGAAAGGCCGACUGGCAAGUCUGAUUGGGCCAUAA